AUGCUUAAAUUUAAGAGAGUGUACCACUUCUCCAAAUGGCCUAUAGUCGAUCUUCUUGACUACAAUCACUAGAUAAAUUUGCUAAAAUCCCAACCUUCAAAACCCAACAUACAAUAGCUUCUAGGACCCAAUUAUGAGAAGUACUAGCACUCCUCCAUCCAAUUCGACUAUGUCUCUCAUCAAUAGGAGCCAUCCGAGAUUUAAGUUCUCUCCUCUGACCACCCUGAGUUUAAAUAGGCUGACAGAAUAUUUCCAACUUUCGAUUAACUGAAAUACAUCCGAGAAACAGAAUCCUUGAAACAUUAGAAGUUUGCUUUAAAAGAAAUAGAAGAGGAUGAUGUUUUUACUGUUGACGCCAUGCAAUCAUACAAACCUAAACUAACAUGCGACAAUCUAACAGAAAAUCAACUGCUACUCAUCAAUCUUCCUAUUAAUGCUACCAUUUAAGAAAUACAAGACUUUGUUCAUUCCAAAACCAAUUAACCUGUCUAAGUAGAACUUCACUCCUGCUCCCUCAAUAUUAAUGCCUACGCCACUCUCACAUUCUAAAAUUAAGCUGAAUAAUACAAAUCACAACUACAUCUUACUAAAUUCAAUGGAAUAUUAUAAGAGUGCAGAUCCCUUGAAAAUACAGCAGAAGAAUCCCCGUUCAAUAGAACCCUUGUGAUUACCAAUAUUAAUAAAACUCUCUCUCUUUAAGAAGUAUUACACACUGUUGGCUAAUAUGGAAGAGUCCUAAAUGCUGUGAUUCCUUUGGAAGUUCAAAAUGUUGAUCUUCCGAUCUAUGAGGACAUCAUCCAAACCCUAGUUGACCCUUGCAAAUUAGAAAUCCUAGAUGUAUAAACAGGAAAAACAGAAAUUGAAUUCUACCCUAAUCUUGAAUAAUUUGAACAACUUNUUAUAAGGACAUGAA